AUGUCUGAUUCAGAAAUUGCACUUACUUUGGACGAGCCUGCUCAUCCAUCGAAAAACCAAGCGGCAAAGGAUAUUUUGGCAGGCACUAUUGGUGGUAUCGCACAAGUUCUCGUUGGUCAGCCGUUCGAUACUACAAAAGUCCGUUUACAAUCGUCAUCUAAUCCCAAUGCAACGCCAAUGGAUGUAAUUAGAACUUUAUUGAAGAAUGAGGGACCUAUGGCAUUCUAUAAAGGUACACUAUUGCCGUUGGUCGGUAUUGGUGCUUGUGUUUCAAUCCAGUUCAGUAUUAAUGAAUAUAUGAAGCGGGUCUUUAAUUACGUUAAUGACGGUCCUGGCAAAAUGACAAACACCCAGUUCUUUCUCUCUGGAGCGGGAGCUGGGUUUGCCAAUGGUUUUCUUGCUGGUCCAAUUGAACAUGUGAGAAUCAGAUUGCAAAUUCAAACUGGGGCUGCCGGAGAGAGAUACUAUAGGGGUCCAGUUGAUGUUUUGAAGCAUUUGAAUGAAGUAGGUGGAUUGAGAGCUAUAUAUAGGGGGUUUGGACCAACCUUAUUCCGUGAAGCAUAUGGAAUGGGUAUCUACUUUAUGACUUUCGAAUCCUUGGUUCAAAGAACAAUGAGAAAACAUCAUAUUGCACGUAAUCAAGUUGAGUCAUGGAAAUUAUGUCUCUUUGGGGCAUUAUCCGGUUAUGCAAUGUGGUUUACGUCUUACCCGGUGGAUAUUGUUAAAAGUAAGUUACAAACAGAUAAAUUAGGCGCUUGGAAAUACAGGGGCAGUGCUGAUGUUAUUAGAGACACCUAUGCAAAACAAGGUAUAAAGGGGUUCUUUGUCGGGUUUUCUCCUACUAUCCUCAGAGCUGCGCCGGCGAAUGCUGCUACUUUCUUGGCUUUUGAAUGGACAAUGAGAUUGCUCAAUAGAGAGUAG